UCUAUACAAAACAAUUAAAAGAUGAAACUGACAAGUCUGUUGAGUGGCUCGACAGCCGCUUUUCCCAUUUUGCUUAGUGUUAUACAUUAAGGUCACAACCUCAGGCAGGUCACAUGCUUUCGGGGGCUGCAUGUGGUCAUGCAUAUGCAUGCUGCAUGGUUGGGUCAUAUACAGUAAUUAGCUGUUUCCCUUUUGGGCUGUUUAACAGAAAGCUCAACAGUUGUUUAUAAAGCAGAAUCAACAAGGCGAGGAGAGGAUCACAAGACAGAAAGUACUGGAGAAACUCAACUGUAGUUUUCUCAGAAAGGCUGUAUAGUUACACUUUCAGAAUUUUGGAGUAGUUUUACUCCUCCCAGGGCAGUUUUUGAAAACUUGAGGAAUAUGUCAGUCACGUCCAAAAACAGAGACUCAGAGGGACUUGGGCCAGUGUUGGACAUGAAAGAGACAAAUGUGGAAGGGAACUGUGUCACAGAGGAAUUGAAGAUAGCUGCUGGCAUCAAGCAUUGCCAUGACAACAACCAUGCACAGCAGGACCGUGAGCAAGAGAAGAAAGUUGUCAGGGAGAGGUUGUAUUUGGUCUCAGUCGUCUGCCUGGUUUUUGUGAUUGGUGAAAUCAUUGGGGGGUAUUUUGCCGGCAGUCUUGCGGUGAUGACAGAUGCUGCUCACCUGCUGGUAGACCUCACCAGCAUCAUCAUCAGCCUGAUAUCCCUCUGGCUCUCCACCAGACCUGCCACACACAAGCUCAGCUAUGGCUGGCAUCGUGCAGAGAUCCUGGGUGCGCUGCUGUCAGUUAUCACCAUCUGGCUGGUGACUGGAUUGUUGGUUUAUCUGGCUGUGCUUCGUCUCAUCAGUGAUGACUACACCAUCAAUGGCUCUAUCAUGCUCAUUACCUCUGCUUGUGCUGUGAUCGCUAAUAUAAUCAUGGCUGUCAUUCUUCACCAGUCUGGCAGUGGCCAUAGUCAUGGAGGUCUCAGCUCACACAGUCAUGGGGGCCCCGGCUCACACAGUCACGGGGGCCCCGGCUCAGACAGUCAUGGCUACAGUCGCAAGGAAGGAAAGGAGCAUAUGGAAAUCUCAACUGAUGCUGAUUUCAAUAAUGACCAGCAACAUUUGUGGCAAAACAGCGCUGCUAAAGGACAAAGGACUCAGCAGGCCAAUGCUAGUAUGCGAGCUGCCUUCGUCCAUGUGCUGGGAGAUCUUCUCCAGAGCAUCUCUGUUUUAAUCAGUGCCAUCAUUAUAUUUUUCAAGCCUGAAUACAAAAUAGCUGAUCCCAUCUGCACCUUCCUGUUUGCCAUCUUUGUUUUAUGCACAUCCUUCAACAUCACGGGGGAUAUUCUCGUUGUCUUGAUGGAAGGUACUCCUGCUGGUGUGAAGUACAGUGAGGUGCAGGAUCAUCUUCUAUCAGUGAAGGGGGUUACAUCUGUCCACAACCUUCACAUCUGGGCUCUCACCAUGAACCAGGCUGUACUGUCUGGUCAUGUAGCUAUAGAUGAGUCAGUGGAUCCUCAGUCUGUCCAGAGAGAGAUAACACAGGCUUGUUUCUCCUCCUACAACUUCCACAGUGUUACGAUUCAAAUGGAGAGACAGUCCGACCAGAAGCCUGGGUGUCAACUGUGCAAGGACACAAAGAUGUAGAAACCUGUAAAAUAUGACAGAGCUCUGUUUUAGCUUCACAAUGUCUUCUUAUAGUAGUAUUUAAUUAUUAUGCACUGCUCAAAGGACACUAAGGUCUUCAAUUUGGCUACAACAGAAAAGCCAAAGUUUCAUGGCAGAUGCAUAUGUUUUUUUUUAUGUAUUUUUGGGCUUCUUUGAAAUUAUUCAGAGAGGAUAUUACAGUGGAUAGAGUAGGAAAUUGGAAGGGAGAGUGGAGAACGACAUGGAAAAAAGGUCUGAAUUAAUGGUUUCCUGCUUCGAGAGUUACAGCACAUCUCCUCUGAUGUCAGCAUCGUGCUCUGAGAUGGGUCCAUAAUCUUUAAGGGGGCAUAUUGAUCUGUAAGUUAUCUGUAACCCACCUCCUUUAUCUCCUAUCUGUCUGUAUGCUACUUUAAUGAACCUUGGUGGCCUUUAUGGGGCAGCAGGGACCUGUGACAUGUUACUGCCAUUAAAGUAUUUAAAGCUUA